GGUAGCCGAACAGGAUGGUGUAUAUAAGAGGGUCUCCCACGCCCCUGCCUUUCAGAUGACCGUCAGAUCGCGUCCCCACUGGGCCCUAAUGUGAGGCCUCGGCACGCGAAGCAUUAGUAUUGCAGUGUUCACCACGAGUGCCGCGCUCCUAGUGCUGGUUUAAUUGAAAAGAGGAAGAAAGAGAACCUGUGCUCACUACAGUUUUGGAGGGCUUGAGAGUGACUAAGGCGUCGUUGUGAGUGGUGGUGAGGUGCGGCACGCGUGGCAGCCUCUGUGAAGCAGGUAAUGACGCGCCGAAUUACGUAAAAUGAGGUAUGAAAGGCCCCACGCCUCUCAUUCGACGCAGGUAACCACACCAGGUAUUGUCAGAUGAUGCUGGGCUAGAGUUGUGCUGGUUCUGCGUGCUGAAGUGGUGUGGAAGAGCUGAGUGCAGGCAGCACAGACAUUUACAGUGAGUGACAGGCCUCAGCUGCACGCCGCCAUGUCGUCGUCGUGCGUGCCACCGAAGAAUUGCGUGGUGCAUAACCCGGACCCGUCUGGCCAUGACGACCAUAGUGACACCUCCAGCGAGUGUGGAUCCCUUUGUUCCUGCACGUCUGGCAGCAUGACGUCCUUAGCUACUAUCUCCAGCAACAGCAGAGUUCCGGACAGGGCGGCCCAAGAGAGUGAGUGUGCGGCUCUCGUGACUCCCACGCACGUCGAUCAAGUAGUUCCUCAGAGCCAGGAGGAAGAAGAAAAUAACCGCUACUUCUUGGUGCGGGCGUCUCAGCGGGCGUGUUGCAGAAAACUAAGGAAUCCUGCGUGCACGUCGUCACUGCGACACUUCCUCGUGACAUCCAGCGAGUUUUUCCCAUGGGUCGCAGGUUUUGUCAUCAUCUACUACUCGUACUGCUGGUGGGGCAUGGCUUCCGGGUUCUCGGCCUUCCUCUUCAUGAUCGGGGCGCACGCCUUCCUCCGGCUGGUCAAGACGCGUGGGGUUCUCGGCUGCGUCCCGUACUCCUCCCAAACGCAAGUGGAGAGCGACGCCUCGGAAGGUGAAGAUGACGCGGAAGCAGACCUACAGCAGGAAACUCCGGAAGCCACAAUAGAUCGGUCUGCGGAGAAACCCCCGUCCUACGAUGUGGCUGUAGUGAAGCCGCCUCCCUAUGACCUCAAGUUCCAUCUCACGCCCAAAGAACUCCACAGCGGUCCGCGCAACAAGCCUGGUCGCUGUCACAACGCGGGGCGCCACGCUAUACCCGCCACGGUGUCCAUGGUCGAUGAAAGCGAAAACGACGUCUUGCCGUCUUAUCAGGAUGCCAUGAAGCUUUCCUUCCACACCUACGGCCACGAGACGGACCAGCGGCGCGGAGAAUCCUCGUGAUCCAGGCACUUCUGGUCAGCUCAGUCCAUCCCCGCCCCGCUGCCUUACUCAUUCGGUCCAGAAAUCUCAGGCCUCUAGAAAGUUUAUGUGGCAUGUUUGCGUUGUAUUAAAGCCACAUUUGUAUAUAUGUUUAAAAUAACUUAUUUUGUAAUAUAUUUUGAGUA